AUGAUAGAAAAAAGCAUAAAUUAUCCUGAAAAAAAAUUUGAAAUCCAAAAUUAUAUUUAUGAUUCAACAACAUGGAAUAAUUUUAAAUUUCGUGAUGAUGAUAUAAUAAUAGUUACAUAUCCAAAAUCUGGUACAACAUGGACACAACAAAUAGUUAGUCAAUUAAUAUUUAAUGGAAAAGAAAAUUUAAAUAUAUAUAAUAUGUCAUUAUGUCUUGAUUUACGUCCACAAAUAGAAUUAUAUGGUACGAAAGAUAAUUUAUAUAAAACAUUAGAAAAACAAACACAUCGUCGAUUUCUUAAAUCACAUUUACCUAUUGAUGCAUUAGUUUUUUCAUCAAAACCAAAAUAUAUAUGUGUUAUUCGCGAUGGACGUGAUGUUGCAUGUAGUUUUUAUAGUCAUCUUAGUCAUAUUAUAUAUGAUGGAGUAGAAAGACCAAAAUCAAUUCAUGAAGUUUUUCAAAAAUACAUAUUAGAACAAGUAACGCUCGUCGAGGCAGACUCGCUUGACCCUCGACUGAACAGUCAUAUUGAAUUACGCUCUCUGUUAACGAGAUCAUUAAAAAUAAUUUGA